AUGUCCAACCCGAACGCCCUCCUCCUGCUCGCCGACCACAUUAAGCUAUCGCUCCUGGAGCAGCAGCGCGCAAAGACCCUCAAUCUCUCACGGGAUUCGCAGGAUGGCCACAUCUCACGAUCCCUUGACCAGUUCCGGGAAGGUCUCGAGGCACUUGAGAAGGAGCAGCGGCGGCUGCAAGAAGCAGGCGAUGAAUCAAAAGCCGCUGCCCUGUCCGCCACCCUUUCUUCCCUCCAAAAGCAAUACUCCGACCUAACCUCUCAAUUCCACGGCUUCUCCUCCGCCGCCACAUCCUCAACUCUCACCUCGCCCAACGACCCCUCCCUGGCAGCCGAUUUUGCCCAUGCGCAAUCCUCCACCUCGGCCUCAACCUCUAACCCCCCCGCAACAACCGCCACCACCACAACAACAACCGCCCCAGCCCCAAAGAAAGCCGUCCGCUUCUCCUCCCCAUCAACAGACCUCGAAUCCCAAUCCCAACGCCAAUCAUCACCCUCCCGCUCCGCGCUCUUCCCCUACCGGGACGACCCAGACACCGACGACGAUACCGCCGGCUACGUAACCCAAGCUGCAUCCCUAACAAGCAACGCCGAGAUACACGCGUACCACGAGCAGAUUUUAGCCGAGCAGGACGCGCAGCUGGACGCGCUGGGGGCGUCCAUCUCGCGGCAGCGCGAGCUGUCGAUGCAGAUUGGCGACGAGCUCGACAGCCAGAUCCUGAUGCUCGACGAGACGGAGCGCGCCGUCGACCGCCAGCAGGGCGCCCUGGGCCGCGCCCGCCGCCAGAUUGGCCGCAUCACGCGUCGUCAUGCUUCGGGCAGCGAGUGCAGACAGAUGGGCGCCAUUUUGGUGCUUAUUGUUGUGCUUAUCUUGUUGAUUGCCAUUUUGAAGUAG